AUGCUCCACGCAGAGGAAAUAUACGAUAAUAGUAAAUCGAAUUGUUUGGCUCAAAAUGAGAAUCAAACUAAGGAAGAGAAAUCAGAUAAAUUAUCAGCCAGUGUCACCGAAAAGACUAUUCCUCCACCACCUUACACUCUUACGAGCCCUUGUCUGCCACCUAUAAAUAUAAAUCCUCCGUCAUGGCUUCCUGAACCGCUACCUCCCUUCAUUGGUCAUCCGCCUUAUCCUGCAGGCCCACCACUCUUGGGUAAAGAAUAUCCGAAGAUUUUGCCUGGUCCAACAUUCGCUUGUCCGCGCUGUAGUGGACAGUUUCUGAUACGAAAUCGAGCGAAUAUGUUCUUCAAAUUGGGUUUAUACUGCAUCUUCUUUGCUCUUAUCUAUGAAAUUCUCGAACUUAUCUUCGAUUCACCUAAUUUUUCUUUCUUCAUCGCGAGUUCGACUUUAAUUGUUGGUUUUUCCCUGGUACUCAAAGGUUUCCUUCUGAAGACGGGUUAUCCGGAAGCGAAACGAAUUGAAUUUUGUUAA